AUGGAGGAGCCAUACCACUGCAUGUUUGCAGCAUGCUUAAAGGGACAAGAGAAAUUUGCAUUUACGACAUUGGAGAGCCUAAAGCCAGUCAAAACUUUUUCUGGAUAUCAGUACAGGCUGACCUUCAUGGUAUCACGUCGUAAUCCUACUGCAGGAGUUUGUUGGCUUCAUACUCUCGCUAGCGCAAUGACCAUAAAGAUUUGGGCCCUGGAUCAAGAUGAAUGGCUACAUGAUCUAGUGCAUAAUGAGAUAGUACACACUGUUAGAUGGAGCCCUACUGGCCCAUGUAGCAAAAACAUCAACAAGCCCUACUGUGUUCUUGCUAGUGGUUCCAAAGACAAAACAGUGAAAGUAUGGGAUUGUUUUCAUGGGCAGCUCCUCUACUGCUUCAAUGGUCACAGGGCUGCUGUAAUUGAAUUAGAGUUUCGUCCAGAUGGUGAGUAUUUGGCAAGCGCAUCAGAUGAUAAGUGUUUACUCAUAUGGAAUAUCAGAUAUGGGAAAAUUAUGAAGUCCUACAACUCCUGUGACACUUCAAUUUAUAAUCUCUCUUGGGAUAAAGAAGGCAAUCUGAUAACUGCAGGUUCUGAUUAUGGUACUCUGUGUGUAGUUGAUGUGACUUUUUGAUCUUUCUUAUGUGCUAUGUGAGAAACCAUGUAGAGCUGUUGAAAUGAUUUCCUAGUCAUUGAACAUACUGAUCCUUUUGCUAACUCCUUUCUUUUAACUAAUUCAAAUUCCAUUUUUUUUGUAAACUUGCUUUGAUUUUGCAUUGGGAAAAUCACUGUUUCUUGGCAA